AGAGCUUGUUGGGGAGGGAUUGGAAAGUGGAGAGGAGUUUGUUGGGGAGGGAUUGAGAAGGGGCUGAGCUACCGUGGUGAUUUCGAAGUGUUUAUGUGCAUUUUUAUGUAUAUUAUGACGUUUGAGUGUGUUUUGGGAUAAUUUUGAGUGGUUUAAUUGCUCUGGGUGUAUGUGGGGGGUAUCUUUUGGGUGUGUUAAGGUGUGUUUUGUGGUGUUUUUUGUAUAUUGGGUGUUUCUAGUGGGUUUGAGUGUUUAUUGAUGUAUUUUAAGGUGUAUGGUGUUUUCAGUGUAUUUUAAUUAUUUUUGAGUGUUUUAAAUGGUUUGAGUGUGUCUGGGUGUAUGUGAGGGGGGUGAGGAGUCCAAUGAGUGUGUUAUUACGUGCAUACAUAAAUAUAUACGGAGAGAGAGAGAGAGAGAGAGAGAGAGAUAGCAGUGGGAAGUCAGGAAGUAUGUAAGGGACAAUACGGGAACGAGACGAGUACCACGAACCCCACGCGUAUCAGGUUAUCAAGUUGUAUAUUUCAAAUCACCAGAACAACCUCUUUCACACUUCCUACUGUAUCCUGUUGACCUUGAAUGUCUUAGUAGUGUAUAUGGGUGCCUCUCCGUGAAGGAUUGUGGGUUGUGGUGUUGUAUUUAUGGUAUAUUUGUGAUUUAUUAGCAUGUGGUAUCUUGCAAGGGGAUUGUGGAGGGAGGCGAGUCUAGUGGGGCAAGCACAGGCAGGUUGCGGCAGACAGCAGUCGGUUACUCGCCUGUGCGUACGUUGGUUAUCGAGUGUUAGCAAGUUAUUCAUUCCUUUGUUUUUAGUGGGUGGUGACAUUGCAGCCCUGGCCACCAUGAGUCGGCCAGGGGGGAGGUUCACCUACUACAAGAUCGAGGUGCCCACAGUUGUCGGUCAGCUGCGGAACAUCCUCACCCAGUACCCGGACAAUGGGCAGAUCAUCAAGGAGUUGGUGCAGAAUGCGGAGGAUGCAGGAGCGACCACAGUGGAGGUGGUUCACGUACCUGACCACUUCACCAACCCAGAGGUGGAGGAAAAGGUGCACAAGUUUCUCCAGGGGCCGGCUGUGUGUCUGUACAACGAUGCAGUCUUCUCGGAGGAGGACUGGCAUGGUAUUCGGAAGCUGAGCGAGAGCAUCAAGAAGGACAACCCAUUACAAGUGGGACAGUUUGGCCUUGGAUUCAAGUCUGUCUUCCACUUGACAGACUAUGUGACGGUGAUCAGUGGGCAGGAGGUGCUUUUCAUGGACCCCAGCGAGCCAGUGGAGAGGAUGUGCCGCUGCCUCCCCCUGCAGGAACUGAGUGAGGUGCUUCCAAUCGCUUUCACACAGCGCGCCGUGGGACACCGCUUGACGCCACAGCACCAGGCCGCCGGCAACUUCCCGGGCACACUGUUUUGGUUCCCGCUGCGGCAGACGCCCUCCGAGAUAUCCGACACUGUAUACACCCCGGAGCACGUCCAGCGGCUGUUUGGCUCCUUUGCAGUGGAGGCCGGUGUGUGUCUCACCUUCCUGAAGUCCCUGGAGAAGAUAACCGUCGGGCGGGUGGAGGGCCAGAAAGUGACGGCGACACACUCCAUGGAGAUCACCAGCUCUAACAUGACCCAGAUGAGGAACAAGAGGCAGGCGUUCAGACAGGAGUUACAGCAGUGCAAGGGCUCCCCAUCAAAGGCACUCUCUUGCUCCUACAACGCCACACUCCACACCCACGAGGGCAGAGGCAACACCCGCCGCCAGGAAAUGAGAAUCCUUCAUCUCUUGCCGGGAAAGACGGAAGCAGAGUGGAUGAAGUGGGGGGGGAAGAAUACCAGUAAGCACAUUCCUCUCGUGGGGGUUGCCGUGCCCACCUCCACACCAGCUACUGAAGCUUCAGGUCACAUCUUCAGCUUCCUGCCUCUACCGCCUGACCCGACCAACAAGACCGGCCUUCCAAUCCAGGUCAACGGUGCCUUUAUCCUCAACCAGAACCGCAGACAGGUCAAGUGGAGGACCAGCGAGAGCAGCAAGGAGGCCGAUGUUGUGUGGAACGAGGACCUGGUGGUGAAAGUGGUGGCCAAGGCGUACACAAGGCUCCUCAAACAGCUGUGGAAGGAAGCUCAGAGCGGUAGCAUUGACGCCACACGCUGGUACUCCUUCCUGCCAGACCUUGGUGGGGUGUCUGGACGGUGGCUCAAGCUGGGGAAAAAAGUGUGGCAGAAUCUCUUAGCGUUGGACAUCAUUGCCUCCGAGGUGAGUGUGUGGGUGGGUGAAGGGCUUCCUCGCAGUGCAGGACGUCCUUACCUGCAACGACCUCAACUCCUGAAGCCCUCGGAAGUCAGCAACACGGUGAAGAAAGUGCUAUGUUCCCAGUCCCUGCCCCUUGCAACUCUGCCCUCACAUGUCCUGAGCUCACUGUGUGUUAUGGACCAGCAACCAAGUCCAGUCACACCCAAACAUCUCCGCUCCACACUCACCAAAUGCUCCACACUGAAGAAGGAGUGGAACCGAGAGCACCUCCUCUGUUACGCUGCCAAGGAUGCAAAAUACAGUGCUCUUUGCGGCCUCCCACUCCUGCCCCUUCAGGAUAAGACGUGGGACUCAUUCAGACCUGGUGGCGAGCCAGUGUACCUUUGUUCCCGCCAGGAGGCUGAAGCACUGCAGGGGCUGGAGAAGCAGUUGGUGGAUGUCAGUGUAGCUCCUCCUGUCAUGAAGGUCCUACAGGCUGUGGCAGAUUCUGGGGUGAGUCAGGUGUGUCGCUUCCGAGCCUCACAGCACGGACCAUCACUGCUUCAGAAGAGUGUGAGCACCAUGCAGAACGGCCGACUGUCCCAGGAUGUUGAGCGAUGGCUGGCUGCAGUGUGGGGCAUCCUGCAACACCUUAACCUACAAAGCAUAGAGCACAUCCCACUCCUGCCCACCUCCCAGCCUCCCCGUGUGCAGGACCUCACUUCCCUGGUCUCCCCCUUGGUGCUGCAGGGACGUGGCAAGCUGUCUAGGCCCCAGGUGGAAGUGCUGGAUCUCCUGGGGGUGGUGGUGGUGCCUGCCCUGCCAUCCUAUGUCAAGCACAUUGAGCUGUCAGGCUAUCUCGACUGCUAUGGCGUCACACUCAGCAAGGUGGCCAGCAAGAACAACCACACACACACAGCUAACCAAUUCAAUGGCCGGAAGACGAAGGAACAGAGGCAAGCACUGCACGGCCUCAUUGACACUCACAGCAUGCAGCCACAGCUUCAAAACUUGUUGAGAGCACUCACUAUAUUUGAAGCACAGGACCGUUACAAUGAUGUUACAGACAUGUGUCUUGCAGCAGUGAAUGUCAUCGCUCCAGACGUCCAACACUUCCCUGUAAGUUACCCAGAGACACUGCUUACCCCCUCACUGCCAGAGGAGCGGAGCCUGGCACUGGCCCUGGGUGCUGUAGCACUGUGCCACAGUGAGCUGUGCGUGAGGGCACUGAGGAGCUGCUGUAGUGAUGAGGACAUGUCCAGACUGGUGGACUACACUGAGGAUGCAGAGCUGGCAAAGAGCAGCAUGGUUCUGCAGGAGCUGAGGAAUGCGAGGUUUGUGCCCAACAUUGUUGGGUCGCUGUGCCGCCCCGCCGAGCUGUACGACCCCGACGAUGAUGACCGCGAUGCACUCAUCGGCGAGACUCAGACACCCAACAACUCCUUCAGGCGACACCUCCCGCUGCUCCGCUCCCUGGGCCUCAGGAAGCUGCAGGACAUACCCCGGAAGGACCUGGUCAGCCUCAUAAAGCGCCUACAGAACACACUGCUCAGUGAGGCACAGAAGAUCAAGAAGUCAACUGGUGUGCUGAGGGCCGUGAACCGCCGCGCUGACUGCCCACUCAUCUGUCAGGAGGUGAUGGGGGUGCCCUUUGUGUUUGGUGCAUCCAGGCCGCCAGAAUACCCUGCCAGCCUGAAGUGGGACACCCCGCCAGGCCUGCUGCAGCCGCAGAACCUCACCAGCUGCCAGCACAGUGAGGUGUGCGGCUCGACCCUGGCGGUGGUGAGGUGCCAGGAUGUGCCAUCAGUAGCUGAGGCCUGUGGCUGGACAUUGCCGCCGCUGGUGCAUGCCAUGGUCGGACACCUGCACAACAUCAAGGAAGCCUACCAGCAGGACGAAUGGACCAAGUAUUUCAUUCUGGCGAAGAAGACUUACCGUGAGCUGGCUGCCACGCUUGAUGCUGGGACAGCCCAGCUGGCUGGCCUCAAGACUGACGCAUGCAUCUUCACUGAGCAGGGAUUCAAGACCCCAGCUCAGGUGUAUGUCAGGCCAGGCUUUGAAGACCUGCACCUGCAGCCGUACCUCCACCCGCUGCCCCUAGAACUGCGGGAGAGUGAGGCACUGUUCCUCCACCUGGGUUGUGCUCCCAAACAAACUCCUGCCCUGCUGCUGGCGGUGCUGCACGCCAUCAGGGAGCGACACCUGGCCGGAGACACCAGCAGAGAGGAAGUGGAGCGGGACCGGCGGCUGGUGGUGUCAGUGCUGGAGAGGCUGCAGCACCACACCAACGAGCUGGCUGGGCCACUGCUGGUGCCAGUGAGGACGCAGCAUUGUGCUCUGGAGCUGUCUGAGGUGCAGCACAGUGCUUACACUGACGCCACCACUGACUGGAUCGACAGUGAUGAGCUGGAGGUGAGUGUGGUGCACCAGUGUGUGAGUGUCGCACUGGCCCGGGCACUGGGCGUGGCACCCUUGCAGAACUUCCUGUCUGCUGGCGGGGAGGCAGUGAUGGAGUGGGGCCAGCAUGAGCCGCUCACCACCCGCCUGCACAACCUGCUGCGGCAGUACCGGGAUGGUGUGUCUGUCCUGAAGGAGUUGGUGCAGAACGCAGACGACGCGGGAGCCACCACCGUGCGGCUGCUGUACGACCAGCGGCAGAACCAAGACUCCCGCAUGCUGCUCCUGGGCCAAGGUAUGGCACAGUGCCAGGGCCCAGCACUCUGGGCGUACAACGAUGCCCGUUUCUCCAAGCAGGAUUUUGAAAACCUGCGCGAGAUUGGUGCAGGCACCAAGGAGAUGCAACCCACCAAGAUUGGCAAAUUUGGCCUGGGGUUCUGCUCCGUGUACAACCUGACGGAUGUGCCGAGCUUCGUGAGUGGCUCCAGCUACGUGGUGUUUGACCCCCACAUGACCCACCUGGACACUGCCACCUCCUCCCCCGGCAUGAGGUACGACUUCACCAGCCGCCGCAACUCCUACAUGCUGCGCACCCUGCAGGGACAGUUCCAGCCCUUCACCGGCGUGUUUGGCUGCGACAUUCAGGAGAGCGGGUCCUUUCCGGCCACGCUGUUCCGCCUACCCCUCCGCACCCCAGCCCAGGCCUCCACCAGCAAGAUCAGCGACAUGUGCUACUCCCACAAAGACAUGAUCCAGCUGCUGGGCAUGUUCAGCUCUGUGGUGGGCCAGCUGCUGCUCUUCACACAGCAUGUCUCAUCUAUCACUGUCUGCCACCUGCCAGCUGGUGCCGCCUCCCCCACAGAGAUGGUAGAGCUCUUCUCUGCCUCCCGGGGCACACCAGGCCCCAUCCCCAACCUGUCUCCCCCACCCACCGUUGGCAAGCAGUCACUGCUGGAGUGCACUGCUGCCCUGUUUUCCCAGCACCAGCAGGGACUCAAAUGGGAUGGCGGCAUGUUGGUGGAGAGAAGCACUGCAGAGGUGAGGGUGUGGAACUCUCAGAAGGGUGCUGCCCUGUGUGGUAUUGAGCAGGGUGAGUGGGACACCACCUGGCUCACCUCCUGGCACUCUGGCUCAGCCAAGUCGUGCUGCCUCGCCGAGAUGCACCAGGGCCGGGCACUGCCUCUGGCAGCCAUGGCAGUGCCAGUGUCCCGUAGUGACAGCGGAUGGCAGCCACUGUGCCUGGCAGACCUUCCCCCAGGGUUUUAUCGUGAAGGUCACUUCCACUGCUUCCUGCCUCUGCCAGUGAAGACCUUCCUGCCGGUGCAGGUGAAUGGGGUGCUGGAGGUGGCAUCGGAUCGCACCAGCCUCCUCACCCAGACUGAGGACGAUCGCCAUGCCCUCAGCUGGAACGCCACACUGCUGGGGGACGCUGCAGUGCAGGCCCACCUGGGGCUGGCCGAGGCGUUGAGGCAGUUGGGGCUGUCUGCUGGGAGUGAAUACUAUUCCACGUGGCCGGUGGUGGGGUGUGGUGGGGGUCCCCUGGUGGAGGGUCUCACCACAAGCUUUUACAACACCCUGCUGGAAGAAGAUCUGGAGUUGUUCCGGUGUGGUCGUGGUGAGUGGCACCCGUUUUCACGCUGCCGCCUCUUGGAGGAUGACUUCCUGCAGGUGCCUGAGGUGGGAGAGGCUGCCUUUGAAUUUCUAGAGGCUUACUUGCACUCAUGUACUGAGGUGAGGAUGGUGAAGCUACCCGGGCACGUGCAGGCUGGCUUUGACCGGCAGGUGCUGGCGCAGCACACCAUCACCCAGGAAAUGUUCUUCCAGCAGUACUUCCUUCCCCACCUGUCAGAAGGACUGGUGAAUACUGAGAAGAGGGAUCUGCUCACAAUCCAUCUCCUAGAGAGUGGACACUAUUACAUGUGGCUGCUCCGUGCCCUUCCCUGCAUACCUACCCAGCCGCACGGUAUCCCCAGGCUUCCCUGCGAACUUGUCAGUCCAGAGUCUAGAAUCGCCAAGAUGUUCUCUGUAGAAGAUGAGAGAUUCCCAAUGAAGAACUUCUUGAAUCCCAUGACAAGAUCAGCUGCUUUGAACAAACUGGGGAUGAGCACACACAGUCUUCCCCAGGAACUGGUGGUGGAGCGCGCUCAGAGUGUGGCUGGUCUGGCCCGGGCCUGCCCCGAGUGUGCCAGACACAGGGUCUCCGAGCUGCUGGACUAUAUAUCGAUGCAGGAUUCACAGAAGCAACAAGAACUCGCUCACCAGUUAAAACCUGUUCCAUUUUUACCAGUUAUGGCAAAGCCAGAGGGAUGGAGUGUUGUCUGGCACAAAGAGUGCCCAGCAGGGGGAGAGCCACAGUGGUGCACCAGCCAUAGGGAAGCCACAUGCCAAGGCCGCCGUCUGCCGGUGGUGGUGGAGUGUCCCCCAGCCUUGUGUCUGGCAGCAUUCAGCCCUCUGGUUGGCAGCUUCCAUGCUCUGCUUGAAGAGUCUUUAAGGAGACCACCUACAGAAGUGUUGAAGAAGCUUGGGGUCACUGUACAUGCUCACGACUUGCCUCUGGUGUCAGUGGUGAAGCAGUUGUGUGAGUUCAGCACUGCUACUGCUGAGAGGGAUAAUGUCCUCAUGUGCCAUGCUAUAUAUGAACACCUGGAACAUUUUAUCACGCUUACAAGGAGGGAAAAAACUUCAAACAACAUCGGCGAAGUAAGAAAACUGCGAGACAAGAAGAUCCUGGCCACCACCCACGGGUUUGCAGCGCCAAGACUGUUUGCGGUGCAGGGCGAGAGCAACUGUGCCCCGGACUUGUUUUCAGCACGCAUGGAAGGGCUGGAGAAGUAUGAGUGCCUGAUGGAGACACUCGGCAUCAGAGAAAACUUUGAUUAUGAGGCCGUGAUGGAGGUGAUUCAGAAGAAGAGGGAGACCUUUGCAGACAGGAGACUUGGAGACAAGGACGUGCUGCAGGUGUCCAGGCUGCUCAACGUGCUGUUCCAGGUGAGGGACAGCAGUGCAGCACUGGAACAAGUCCUUCACUUGCCAGACAGCCAGGGCUUACUGCGCUCCACCCAUGACCUCUGCUUUGACGACGGGGCGGAACUCAGCUCCGGCCAGUUCCUGUGCCUGCACCCCAGCAUCAGUGUGUCCCGGGACAUGAGCAAGUGGCUCGGCAUCAAGUCCAAGACCAGGAAGCGCCUAUCAGAGUCGUCCAGCCGGCUGCGCUUUGGCCAGAAGGAGCCCCUCACCACCCGCCUGCGGAACAUCCUAGCCGAGUACCCCUGCGACUCGGGCAUCAUGAAGGAGCUCCUGCAGAAUGCCGACGAUGCCGGGGCCACGGAGGUCAUCUUCUACGAGGACUUCAGACGCUUGCCAGACCAGAGACUGUUUGACCCCAUGUGGGCACCCUUACAGGGGCCAGCCCUGAUUGUGUUCAACAACAAGGGUUUCACUGAGCAGGACCUCCAGAGCAUACAGGACCUGGGGAACAGCAGCAAGAGAGAGGACCCAGCAACAACGGGGCAGUACGGCAUUGGCUUCAAUGCUGUCUAUCAUCUGACUGACGCCCCAUCCUUCCUCACUAAAGGUCCUCGGGUCCCCAAAGGUGAGACUCUGUGCAUGUUUGACCCGCACUGCUGGUACGAUCCCUCGGCCACGCCAGAGUACCCCGGCGUGCAGUUUGUCAACCUGACUGACCUGCGGCAGGACCAUCCAGACUCCUUCGUUGGGUACCUGGAGCAGCACUUCCCGCAGGAAGGCACCAUGUUCAGGCUGCCCCUGCGGACGAAGCAGGACUCGCUCAUAUCCAGUGAGAUCCCCAAGGAAGGCGAUGUGUGCAGGAUGCUGAAGGAAUUUGAGAGGCAAAUGCCACACUGCUUGUUGUUCUUGAGGAAUGUGAGGAAAGUGUCCAUCAGGAAGGUGUUGAGUGACGGCCAGUGUGAGGAGGAGUACAGCGUGCAGGCCACAGUCCCUAAGAGCAGCAACCUGCCGGUGCUCACCCUGAAGCAUGGGGAUGACCGGGAGGUGAGGGACCCCUGUGCCCUGGACAUGGUGAGGACCUCUUACACCAUGAGCAUACAGGACAGCAGGGGAAGAGGCAGCCAAUGGCUGGUGGUGCAGCAGCUUGGGGUGGAGGAGAAGGACAGUCUGCCAGAGAUAGUGAGGGAAGCCUUCAGUCUCAAGACACUGAACAUGCUGCCUCAUGGUGGGGUAGCCAUCUUGCUGGCCACAAAAAACCACCAGCCCUGUGCUAGUGACCCAAAUGACAUGUUUUCAACUUCCUGCUACUUGCCCCUGCCUGCCAAGUCUGGACUGCCAUUCAGCAUCAACGGACACUUCACUCUCAACUCUUCACGACGGGACUUAUGGACGGGGCGUGGGGACAUGAAGGGGCUGUGGAACGAGUGGCUGCUGAAGGAACUGCUGGUGCCGGUCGCUGUCUGCGCCGCCGAGGAGUUCAGGAGUCUCCUGUUCCACGACAACAGUGAUGGCCACAUGACGGAAGACCAAUACGCCAGCAAGGUGUGGAUCUUCCACCGUGUGCUGCCCUUGGCCUCGCAGGUGCAUGGUGAAAGAUGGGAAAAGUUUGUGAAGUGGUUUUAUGAGCGGGUUAGAGAUAAGGAACUUCACUUCUUUGACUCUUUCAUCCCAGAAACAGACCUGCCACCACCACGAACCACAUUUUCAGGGUGCUCACUGGCCACACAGAGAGGAGAACCUGCACAGGAGAUUAGGAAGGGGCAUCUGGUGUGGCAUGCCUUCCACACCUCCAGUGACCACUUCCCUGUGUACUUCACACCGGUAGCAAUGGAAGACAGACACAGACACAGUCAGCAGGUCAUCGCCGACAUCUUGAGAAGGCUGGGCAUGAAGGUGAGCAGCGAGAGGAUGCGCCACAGGCUGGCAGCUGCCGACCAGGAGUUCCAGUGCCCUCUGCUCAGCCCGGAUGUGGCCCUGACAUUUGUCAAGUCCUGGGACCAAGACAUCAGGGACUGCUGCAGGCCGUGUGUGGGCAGAAAGGUGGCCAACACACCCUUCCUGAAGUAUGCCAAUGUUCUUAGUGUCUUGAAGUACGUCAUGGGAGGUGAGGGCUUCUCAGACGCCAGCGUGGACAAGUUGCCGCUGCUGGUGACUAACGACGGCAUGCUGGGGUGCUUCAGCAUCCAGGAGCCAGUGUUCUUGUCCUCUUUCUGUCACCUCUUGCCUGAAUUUGAAUUUGGGAAGGAAUUUACAUUGCACAGUUAUGUGGCGGUGAUUGAAGGGGCCAGAGACAAGUUUGAGCGUGUGGUGAAGACCUUCACCCCAGCAGACCUUGGGGAGCGCCUGCCAUGCAUCCUGGAUGCUGAGCAGUGCACGGCCAAUGCCAGACUUCCUCUCCCAGACUUGAAGUGGCUGUUGAACCUCUGGGAGUUUGUUGUUCAGUAUGUUGAGAAAGCCUAUUGCCAGGAGAGAGAAGUGGACUGGGCACAGGCCAAACAGUACAUACUGAGGACUCUCGGGAAGUUUGCAUUUUAUCCAGUGGAAGAAAAAGGGCAGGUGUUUGUCAUCCCCAUUGCAGAGGCCUGGCAGGUGCUUGAUGUGUCAGGUAACAUCACAGACUUUAACAAGCUGCCUGUUCCAGUUCCAUUUUCUGUGGGCAGCAAAGAUCACAUGGGUGGCAGUGUACUGGGUAUGGUUAGGAGCUAUUUGUUGCCUGCUUGUGAACAGAAGCCAGAAAAGCCAUAUAUACCCACUCAGUUGCAGCUUGCGGCAACACUGAAAGAUCCUGCUGCUGUCUUGCAGCUCCUUGACUUCCACCGAGAAUCAGUCAAUAUGUUCUUCCAGGUGUGUGGUCAAAAACCUGAAGACAGAGUUGUGAUUGACGAAAUGCUUGACUACCUCGGCAAGCACUGCAGCAAGUGUUCACUGUCGGGCAACAAGAUCCGGGCCCUGCAAAUAUUUCCACACCAUUCAGGUCGGCCUUGCACUCUGCAGGGCAGGAAACUCAUUGUUCUUGAAAAAUCUGUUCUCAAUUUGGAAGGGUUAGAAGGUGUCUGUUCUGAGCUGAGUCUACUGGUGGUCUGCAAGCCGGACUCAGUCAGCAUGACUGAUCUGUACAAAUACAUUGAACCCAACUCUCUGCUUGAGGAACUACAACUGUACGCAAGGGUCAUCCUGCCCAACAUGAGGUUGCUGAAUGAGACUCAGAGGAUGUUUUACCUCAAACACCUCAACAAAAACCUGCCGUAUGACUCAGAAAGGGAGUGGAAUGUGGCCCAGCGGAAUGUUGUUGAUACUCUGAGGUCGUGUCCCUUCGUUGAAGUUGAUGGCACGCUGAGAACUGCUGACCAGUUCUAUGAUCACAAUAUUGAAGUGUUCUGUGUGAUGGGGCUGGCCAACCUGCCCGAGGCAUGGAGGAAGUCAGAGUGGCACCGCCUGUUGAGGCUGGCAGGGCUGGUGCACCACGUCACCCCUGACAUGUUUGUGGGAUUUGCAUCAUCACUGUCACUGGGAGAUGAAAGUGUCGAGAAAUCUAAAGUCUUGUGUGACUAUCUGUAUGAUCAUCAUGAAGACUUGCUGCCAAAAAUCUCAGAAAUUGUGGACAUACAGUUUCUGGUCCCCACGAAGUAUGACAAGCUGGAGGCACUGCUGCCACACCACCAGACACACUCUGGCUUGCUGGCUUUUUCAGAAGGUGUCAACCCAAAAUUUGCCAAUAUCAUUUGGUCAACUAAGAGUUUGCUUCCAUCAUAUGCAACACAAGUUGCAAAAAAACUACAGAAGCAUUAUGGCAACCAGGUGAAUGUGGAGAGCCCUCCUGCAGCAGACAUUCUUGAACACAUAGUGAAGUUCUGUUCCUCCAUGCAGGCCACUCCAGAGAAGUCACCUAAAGUUGUAGGAAGUGUGAUGGAAAGUAUAUAUGAACACUUGUCACAACCAGGAAGGAGUGAAGUGCAGUCCCUAAAGGAGAGAGACGUCCCCAUCAUCCACAUCCCAGACCACAGCGCCUUUGUCUCCACCAGUCAUGUGGUGAGCAGCCUGGAGGUGGAGAUCUUGCCUUACCUCUACAAAGCGCCGGUGGUUUAUGGGAAGUUCUUUAACGUGUUUGCAAGACUUGGGAUGCCAGAAGGUGCCACUCCCAACACCUACGCUCAUGUUCUGGAGAUGAUCCACGGGGCCAGCAGGCAGAAGAAACUCCAUGCGGAGGAGGCCAAGCGGAUGAAGAUGGCCCUCGAGGGACUGGUGAAGGACAGGUACAAGUUGAAGAAUCUGUCUGUGCCUGAGCUGUACUUGCCAGCCCAAGAUGAGACUCUCAGAAGCUCCUCUCAGAUGUUUGUGGCAGACAAUGCUAAGUUACUGGUGAGUGUUCAGAAGGCAUUCCGUGAGCCUAUCUUCAUUGGUUUCAAAUACCUUAAAAUUCAAUUUGACGACUACUAUUUUGUGAAGGAAUUACCCAAGAGACUGCAGCCAAAGUUCCUGUCAGAAGCUUGCAAGAUAACUCUGCAGCAGGAAGGAAUGCAGGAGGAGCCUACAAUGUUACUUUGGGAAAUAAGAGAGCUGCUUCAGUCGGAGGAGUUCAAGCUGGGUGUUCUGAGGAUCAUUCACCACUACAGGCUGCAACACGGCAGUGGCCUCACAAAAGAGGAAAAGGAAGAAGUGUCGUCACUGCUGGCGAAGGUGACGGUGAGGCAGGUGAAUGCCAUCCAGACCACUCUCACUCUGCUCAACACAGUCAUCGGCCACCAGAAGAGAAUGACCUUUAUAGAUGUAGAUGGUGAGGAGGACCAGAGGACUUUGACUCUUUACCUCUCUAAGAGGAUCCCACAAACAAUGAUACCCAAUUCUCUUUGGGAUGCAUAUGUGAAGGUACUGUGCAAGUGGGAGAUUCACAACAUGAGGGAGUUUUCAGACUUGUUUGCCUGCUACGGGAAGCCCCAUGACAUCCACAAGUAUCUGGAUGAGAGGGGCAUCAAGGAGUACAACGCCGACAUGCCUGUGCGGAGCCUCUUCAGGAGUGAUGUGGGCACCUAUCUGGAGGACCACUUCCUGCCCCUGCUGGACAACAGCUUCUCAGAGUUCCACGAAAAGGAGAUAGUCUGUAUGAGGAAGUACUUGUGUGAGAACAGAGGAGCAGAGCCAGAGGACGAGGAUGCAGAGGAGAACAACAUCUUUGUGAUAGUGGAGGUGGUGAGGCUGGUGGAGAAGCACCCCAUCUGUAACAUGGAGAACAUCUACCAGGUCAACACCAGCAUGGGUCCGCCCUGCCUGGUCACCGUCAGGGCACACCAGCUGUACCGCUUCGUGAGGAAGGACAGCGAUGCUUCUCGGCGGGAGUUUGAGAAUCCUGAAGACAUCUUCAGGAAUAUAAGAGAGGAGCUGAGGAGGAUCUGGCAGGUGGAGGACGAGCAGGAGAGGCGGCACCUGCUGAGGCGCCUGCAGUUCAAGUGGCACCCCGACAAGAACCUUGAGAACGUGGAGCUGUGCACGCAGGUGAUGCAGUACAUGAUGUCCCUGGUGGGGCGGCUGGAGCGUGGGGAAGACAUCCCAGAGGAGGAGGACCCCACCAACCCACCCCAAGCACCCCCCAGCGCGGCCUACUCCCACUGCUUCCGUCCCCCGCCCCACCGCUACAUGAACCGGAAUAGGAACAGAAACAGAAUGGCUCCCAACCAACCCAGGCAGCCCAGGCCAGACCACCCCGAGGCCCACAAGUGGUUGAGGCAAGCCCGCAGUGACCUGGAGGCUGCGGAGGCUGUGGUGGAGCAGAUGCCUUGGUGGGCUGUGGCCAUGUGUUACCAGGCUGCUGAGAAGGUCCUGCUGGCUGCCCUCUUUGCACAAGACAGAGAGGAGGCAUCGCGUAGAGAUGGAAAUGGCCCACUGGAGAGAUCCCUAACCCAACUUGCAUUUCUGUUAGACAACCACCACGCUACUCAGCUGGCCAACACCAUUCAGCAAAUCACAGGAGAGUUUGCAGCAACUCUCUACCCAACAUUCCAAGGCUGCCCCAGGGAUCGCUUCACCCGGGGGGACGCAGACCGGGUACUGCCACCUUGCCGGGAACUGCUGCAGGUGCUGGGGGAAAAUAUUUAAGGUGUGGUGAUGCUUUUCUCUUUUUUCCUGUUUCCCUUCUCUCUCUCUCUCUCUCUCUCUCUCUCUCUCUCUCUCUCUCUCUCUCUCUCUCUCUCUCUCUCUCUCUCUCUCUCUCUCUCUCUCUCUCUCUCUCUCUCUCUCUCUCUCUCUCUCUCUCUCUCUCUCUCUCUCUCUCUCUCUCAACAUGGGUUUUAUUAUUUUAGUUUAGUUUAGUGUUUUUUUAACCAGUGAUGGAAGGGGUAAUUGAAUGGCUGUGAGGGGGGAAUAGGGGGUUGAUUGAAGGGCUGUGAGGGGAGACGGGGUAGGUGUGGGUGCUCCGUGUGUCUGUAGCCUUAGUAGUGAUAUCUCAGUGCCCCAGGAGUGUCAGAAAUUGUGAUGUGAAUUACUGAAGAUGAAUUGUGAUAGACUGUUUGUGUGUUAAGGAGUACUUAGUGUGAAGUGAAGGUGAACUGUGGGGGAUAAAAGAUUUUGAUAUAUAUAUUUUUUUUUUUAAGGGCAAAGCUGGCCAAGGGUAACAAAGGCAAAUAAGAUAAGAUAAGAUAAGAAGACACUCAUCUGCUAGUAUUAUAGAGUUACUGUCAAGGUAAACUUUUUCUUUUUUUUGCACACUGCUAUAAAUUUGGUGUAAUCUCCAUGUGUCUAUGCAAAUUAAUACUGUAACAAAUUGAUGGUAACUGCUAUUUCUAUACUAACUAUUUGUAUGUUUGGGGUGUACAAGUAUAGAAGUAAGUAAAUUGUGUGAUAACUAUGCACUAAUGAUAAACUGUGUGUGAUGAUAGAAUGAGUUCAUCACAUUAAUCUUGACCCUUUUUUGACCCCUUCAGUACUGGGACACAUUUUUACCUUGAGGUUUGUGUACCAUUAGACCAUUUUAUUGACACUAGUAAAGGGUCUAUGGAUGUCAGAAGGUUAAUGGCCACAGUCUUCAAUGUGUUUAAUCCUCCACAUGAGUUUCUGAAGCUGUAUAAAA